AUGACCUCCGAAUCAAUACCCGCCUACUCCUCCAAGAAAGAGGCCCGUCAUAUCCUGCACUAUCUGUGCAAAGAGUUCGACUCCAUAUCGCUACCCGCUGGAGUCGCCAGCCGAGCAGACAACGUGCAAUUUGUCGCGGAGCGAGACCUGCCCUACUUCCCCAUCCCUUUCAAAGAGACGGAGACAACGGCUGCGCUCAAGGCAAUUGAGGCAUCGGUUGCGUCUCUCCUCGCCGAUACGCGGCAGGGCGAAGUCUCGUCGAAUCGGAAAAUCGUGAUUGACCUUGAGAAGACGACGGCAUUUCUGCUUCAGGCGUACUUGGCCAAGGUUGGAGGAUAUGGAAAGCUGGACAAGGAAGUGAGGGGGCUGCUCAAAGACACGGAUCUGCUUCAAGCGCAGUCUGAUCCGUAUCGCCGCAUGGCUGCCAACUUGUAUGCCACCAAGGACCCCAACGAGUAUUAUCACAUCCAUGGCUCGUUGGAAGCGUCGACGACACUGAGAAUGAUUGGGCUGGAGCCCUUUCGACCUGACUUGAAGACUCACGAAGACAUUGUGCAGACGAUUGAAUCCGCGGUAAAGAGGUUUACCGUGGAUGAACUCGAGAAGCUGAACGCGCAGCAUAGACAAGCCGGUGUCAAGGCAUUUACUCACGCCGAGUUUCUCAAGACUCCGCACGGCAAGGCAAACAUUGCGCUUCCGCCGUGGUCUGUUGAGGGCCUGGAACAUGAGACGCCGCGGAUACCCCUCGCAGACCAUCAAGACAAUCGACUGCUAUCGGGCAUCAAGGUUCUUGAACUCUGUCGAAUCAUUGCCGGACCUACAGUCACCAGGAUCCUGGGCGAAUACGGCGCCGAAGUCAUCAAAGUGACGAGUCCAAAACUCAGCGACGUGCCCUUCUUCCAGGUCGACGGCAACAUGGGGAAGCGAGCGACAGACCUGGAUCUCAAGUCUCCGCAAGGGAGAGAGGCGUUUGAAAGGCUCCUGAUUGAGGCCGAUGUCGUGGUCGACGGCUAUCGCCCUGGGGCGAUUGAGAAGCUGGGAUACGGACCAAAGCAGCUCUCCGAAUUGGCCGUCAAGAGAGGCAAAGGGUUCGUCUACGUCAACGAGAACUGCUUCGGCUACGAGGGCGAGUGGGCGCAUCGAGCCGGAUGGCAGCAGAUUGCAGACUGCGUGACGGGCAUCGCCUGGGAACAAGGCAGGUUCAUGGGCCGCAACGAGCCCAUGGUGCCCCCGUUCCCCAUCUCCGACUACGGGACCGGCUGCAUCGGCGCCAUCACCGCCCUGGUCGGCCUCUACCACCGGGCCGCCCGCGGAGGGUCGUGGCACGGCAAGGCCAGCCUCAUGCACUACGACCUCUUGCUCUUCAAAGUCGGCUUGCUGCCGGAGCACGUCCAGCAGAGCCUCCGCGACGCCAUGGGGCCCGAGGUCCUGGCGCUGCGGUACCACAACAGCGUGGACCAGAUCUCGGGGACGGUGCUGCGGCGGAUGCGGGGGGUGUAUCCUGGCUUUGUAGAGAACGCCAAGUAUCUGGAUCGGUGGUAUGCGGACAAGUACAAGGCGCAGGUGCGUGCGGUCAAGCCGGUGGCGGAGAUUGAGGGCUUGGAGAUGGGCUUUAGGCGGGCGAGUCGGCCGAAUGGCUCGGAUGAGGCGAGGUGGGAAGUUGGCGAGGAGAAGGACUAUCGGAUUGAGUAG